UAGCUCGUGUCUUAGCAUGCUAAGCUCGCUAUAAACUGGAGUGGUUGUGUGGGCUUUUUUGUUUAUUUGUUUGUUUUUUCUUCGCUCGUUAGCAAGAACGAGUUAAUUAACGACUGCACGUCUUGUUGUCAGGGCAACCGGACACCUGCUUUUCAUUUAUGCGUUUAAUAGGAUAAAUACUUUCCACAUAUUAUUAUAACGCUGGUUUUGUACGUGUAGCUAACAUGCUAAUCGUUUUCCCACGGAGAGGAGCGCCCUUUCCUAUUUUCUCCUUGAUAGAAGACAAUGGAGACAGAAAUUGAGCAGCAGGACGAAGAGACCACAUUCAGCAACACUGACACUAACGGUAAACGCCCUGCUGAGGACAUGGAUGAGGAACAAGCCUUCAAACGUUCCCGUAACACAGACGAGAUGGUGGAGCUGAGAGUGCUGCUACAGAGCAAAAAUGCAGGUGCAGUGAUCGGAAAAGGUGGCAAGAACAUUAAAGCGCUCCGGACAGACUACAAUGCCAGUGUAUCAGUCCCAGACAGCAGUGGCCCAGAGCGCAUCCUGAGCGUGAGUGCAGAUAUCGAGACAAUCGGAGAGAUUCUUCUGAAGAUCAUCCCUACUCUUGAGGAGUACCAGCACUACAAUGGUAUAGACUUUGAUUGCGAGCUGCGCCUGCUGAUUCAUCAGAGUUUGGCAGGAGGCAUUAUUGGUGUCAAAGGGGCCAAGAUUAAGGAACUGAGAGAGAAUACCCAGACGACCAUUAAACUCUUCCAAGAGUGCUGCCCGCAUUCGACGGACCGUGUGGUUUUAGUGGGAGGAAAACCUCAGAGAGUGGUGGAGUGCAUUAAGGUCAUCCUAGAACUGACGUCAGAGGCUCCUAUUAAAGGCCGUGCUCAGCCCUACGACCCGAAUUUCUACGAUGAGACCUACGACUACGGCGGCUUCACCAUGAUGUUUGAGGAGAGAGGGCGACGACCCAUGGGAGGAUUCCCCAUGCGUGGGCGCAGCAGUUUUGAUCGUAUGCCCCCCAGCCGUGGCGGACGCCCCAUGCCCCCCUCUAGGCGCGACUAUGAUGAUAUGAGUCCCCGCCGCGGCCCGCCCCCGCCUCCGUUAGGGAGAGGGGGCCGAGGCGGGAGCCGCGCUCGAAAUCUGCCUCUUCCUCCUCCACCUCCUCCCAGAGGAGGAGGCGACCGGUUUUCCCACCAUCACGGCAGUAUAGAUGAUAGACCGAGUGACAGAAGAGGAAGACCUGGCGAUCGCUACGAAAGCAUGAGUGGAGGUGGCUAUGACAAUAACUCUUCUUGGGAACCCUUCCAGUCUGGCGGACGAGGUUCCUACGGCGACAUCGGUGGUCCUGUCAUCACAACACAAGUGACUAUACCCAAAGACCUGGCCGGCUCCAUCAUCGGGAAAGGCGGACAGCGUAUUAAGCAGAUCCGUCACGAGUCCGGUGCCUCCAUCAAAAUCGAUGAGCCUCUGGAAGGUUCGGAGGAUCGCAUCAUCACCAUCACAGGAACGCAGGACCAGAUUCAGAAUGCCCAGUACCUAUUGCAGAACAGCGUGAAGCAGUACUCCGGUCGGUUCUUCUAGAGGACAGCAAGCAAAGACGUACUCCCCUGCCCGUUUUCCUUCAGCUUCUUUUCAGAGUCUACAUUCCUCUGCCUCUUCAGUAGAUGUGCCCCCCUGCUGCUCUCCUAACACUUUAAAGAAAAGGUUUGUAGGGGUGGACGAACGAUCUCGGAAUUAGCAGAAUGAGUGCAUCUCGAUUCUUUUCCUUCUCGUCUCCUGUGCUUUGGAUGCAUUGAUUUUUCUCCAUUUUUGUUGGAUUCUUGUAAUGUUCUUGUGGCAGUGGGGGUGUGGCCAGGCAGCAGUCUGUGAAUGGAGGGCGGGGUCGGGAAGGUAAGUGACCAAGUCAUUCCACCUGCUGUUAAUUAAUGUGUGUGUGUGUGUGUUUUACAGGGAGGGAGCAUAAAAGGAGAGAGAGCAGAGAAAAGGCUCUCUCUCCCUGACCACAAUGCUUGAGUGAGUAGCAAGCUGAAAAGCUAAAUAAAGUGGUUUUGUGUAAACAUCAACUCUCGCCUGCUGCGCUUCUGUUCCUUUCGGAGGGUGAUAAGUGCUUGAUGCUGGUUCUGCUGGGCGGUAGCGAGGGCAAGGAUGAGCGAGGACUCCAUGGAGUGGUUCCCUUCUGUGCUCCCGGGUUUCAGCACCACUGUAACAGUUCCUGAUGUGGGUGGAGCACACAGAAGCACGGCAGGUGAGAGUUGAUGUUUACACAAAACCACUUUUUUUUAUUUAGCUUUUCAGCUUGCUACUCACUCACACACAAGCGUUGUAGUUGAGGAGAGAGAGCCUUUUCCCUGCUCUCUCCCUGUAACAAACACACACGUUAAUUGACAGCAGGUGGAAUGACUUAGCCUCUUACCUUCCCCGACCCCGCCCUCCAUUCACAGACUGCUGCUUGGCCACGCCCCCGCUGCCACAGUUCUGUGAUUUUAGCAGAGCUGUGUAAUAUCCACAUUUAGCCUGAGCAUGCCUGAUUUGUCUAACAAUUCAGAAUGUAACCUUUUGGUAAUUCUUUGUGUUUUUACUAUUUUAUUUUCCCCUUUUGCCAUUUUUAUAAUUUCUUGAAAGAAAAGUUGAAAUGUCAAUGUAAGUGUCCAGCUGAGUUUUAAAGUCUUGGCAUCUUUAUUUAAUGAGCUGCAACGAAUGUUUGGGGGUGAAUAUGAAGUUGAAAUGUAGAGAAUAAAAAAUUUUUUUUUUCCUGUUUUGAUUGGCUAUGGACUGGCUGUAAUCUCACUGAUUUUCAGGAUCCAUUUAAUCAUCAAAGCUUGUUUUGUACGUCAGUUUCUACGCUUUUUUAACAUUUUAGAUUGGGUCUCUUCAAAACACUGAUCAGCUCUAGAGAGGGGUUUGAAAACAAAAAAAGAACUUCUGUAAAGGUCUCCCAGUGUUCUCAUCCCCAGUCCCUGUUCUCUGGUGUCUGUGUAGAAUGUGCUGUGAGUCUGAGUAAUAAAGUCUGUGCCACUUUUUAUUAAAAA